AUGAGCGAGGCUGGGCAGAAGACGGCAGGUGUGGCGUGGGGCGUGGAUGGAGCGUGGCUGGACGGAAUGUCGGGACGAGGCGGCGCGGGGCAAGGCAGAGUGAGCCGGGGCCGUGAGGUAGCACGUUUCGCUUAUACAAUGCCUGAGAUUCAGGCGUGUUCGAAGGAGGACGUAAUCUUCAAGAUACAGGGGCUUCUAAAGGAUUUGAGCUGCUCUUUCCGCCGCUGCCCUUCCAGCGAGUUGCACAAAAUACUCGGAACCAAGAAGGCCACAGAGGCAGAUAGUGGGUCUGUUCAGACAAACAAAUAAUGCAGAGCGCACUGGACAUUGUUCCAGCUUGGAGCAUUUGAAGUAAUCCGAAAGCAACUAAGAAGAUUGAUAAAUAUUUGCAAUGCCUCUCGAUGGUCUCACCUGUAAUGUGUACUUGUCUUAAGAAUUAAGUUUCAUGGAUGAAGUAAACCAAACAACUGUCCGUAUUUUAAUGUGAGCCAAAGGAAAUGACAACAAAAUUGUAUCUGGUGGAAGUAUUGAAACAUCUAAUACGUGUGUCAUAUUACCAAUGCGUAUUGCUCUGGUAUGGAACCCUGGUUGAAGCUGUGUGGCCUUAUAGUAUGUUUGACAUGAACAAUUACUGGAGUCUGCAUAAGUGAAUGUGGGACAAUUCAGAAUUCUCAGUUAAGUUCACGAAAUGUUAUUGGUGAUAUAUUGGAAAUAACACCAAAACAAUAAUAAAAAAUGGAAAAAUGCUUCGGAUUUCUUAAUAAUUAUCACUAUUUUACAUGGAAUGGCAUUUCGUGGAACGGGCAAAUCAGCAGGAGGAACCAUCUGAGUCCAGGUGCACUGAAGAUAACAAAUUCCGUAAUUACGACAGAAAUCCAGUGCUACAGGGAUUGCAUUUAAUGCUACAUGUGAACGGAAUUAAACUACCUCAACGUAGUUUCAAAACGUUUAGAGCAAGUAGUCACGAGUUAGUGGCAUUUACUGAAAUAUGACAGCUACGUAGAACAUCGAAGAAACUAUAAAUCGGUGGUGAUCGUUUUCGAUUUAAUGGCACCUUGCACUCUAAUUCACUGAUAUUGUUCCCGUCUCAGAAGCUUGGAAAUCCCGGCACAUAAGUCCAUCUCGCAUUCAUCCUUGUGGACUAUUUCUCAUGGAAAGAGAAUGAUGGAAUUCGUACACUGAUGUCCAGGUCAUACAUUGGCAAUAGUUAUAGCGGCUGGGCUGGAUAUCGUCGAUGAGCGAUUCGAAAUCACUGCGAGGACUGUAAUGAAUUCCCUAAGAAUCGUUAUCCUUACAUUAAUCAGUAUUCUUUCAGUAAAAUGUUUGUGAGGAUGUGGCAUGUGAUCUACAAAACAUGCAUCAUGUAUUUGUUUCUAUGAUAUAUUCCCAGAUUUUUUGUUAAAUAUUAUGGAAAACAAUUCUCGAAGAAUUUUUUUAUCAAUAUAUUCAAAGUACAGCAUUUUGUCUAACAAGUAAGUAGUAUUUUUCGCUAUUUUUCAUGAUGGCUGCAUCUCUGGCAACGAUUAACGGAAGUGCAAGCUUCUGCUCAGACUAUGCUGCGAUGCGGGACACUAAAUAAAAAUUACAUGUAAUAUUGUAUUAAUGUAAAAAUGUGACAAUGUUCCUAUAUUAAAACCAUGUUUUAGAAAGUCCUAGCGUAGCUUCAAUUUCACAAGACGUGAGAGGCUAAGGUGCCAAUCCUGUUUUAGAUCGCUAUUCUACGAUGCAGAAAAUGCAUCGAUUGUACGAAAUUCCACAAUGAGUAAAAUGUAGUAGGUGGUUUAUAUUUCAUACAUGAAAAACACUGAAAAAAGCCGUAAUUCAUCACGAAAUAGUCGUUUCUGCUGUUAAAGCAAUUAAUAUUUAAUAUAAACGGAGUGCAGAGUUUCUAAUAUUCAAAAUAUUUCAGUAUUGUCAAAACGCUUUUCCACAUAGCCAUUCAAGUACUCUUCAUGUAGUUUGUAUU